GUUGGGACUCAGUCGAAGGCUGCUGUUUCCCUGUUUCGCGACAUCGCUUUACUCCGCACGUUAGUAGUUCGUUCAAAAGUUGGAUUUUUUAUUUUGAAAAAUCUUAUAAUUUGCGGUCUUCUUAUAAAUCAUCAAUGUUUCAGCUCUCUUAUACCACCAGUUCUGAUUGUAAUAUUAAAUCUUUGUGAACCAGGAAGUCAAAGAGAACGAGACUUAGAAGUAUGGCGGAAAGCGGGAGCAGAAACGUGCUGAUCGCGCUGAUGCUGUUAUCGCUGUCGUGUUUCGUCAAUGCCACCGUUAUAGAAGAUCAGUCGGAAUUCGAGUUACUAGGCGUCAACGAUACCGGUCUCCUCCGCGUUAAGCCUCAGGGCACCACAUCUCAAACUAUUCUUCGUACCGGUCUGCCCAGCAAUGCCAAAAUCAUCGAUAUCGACUACCACCGAUCGAGAAACCUUGUCUUCUGGAUCGAAAGCACGGCUCCACGGAUUCAGUCCAGAAGCUUGGACAACGACGGUCAACCGAUUCGCACGUUUGCCGAGAAAAUCGGCGCGGAUUGGGAACCCGUAGCCCUGGCAGUAGACUUCAUCGGAGACGUGCUCUACGUCGUGGACCUUCUUGGUCGCAGAGUCGAAGUCUACGAUCUCGAGAAUGUGGGCAGGAGUGCCACAGUCGUGGCUGCCGGUCUGGACAGGCCGAUCGGCAUUGCAGUGGACCCAUACGCGGGGCUCAUGUUUGUGGUCGACAACGAUCGGAUCACGCGAAUGAACAUGGACGGCAGCUCGAGCAUGCCGAUAAUCCGCAAGAGUAUCGAAUCGGCAAUCUCCAGUCUGACGAUCGAUCACACCACCAAGACGAUAUAUUGGUGGGACAGCGACCUGAAGAUCGUCGAGAGCUCGAGUUAUAUCGGGUAUUCUCAGAGGAUUCUUUACCGAUCGCACGAUAACGAAGUUUUGACGAGCCUGAACUUUUUCGACAAUCAGCUCUACUACCUGGAAAAGAAUGCGAAAAGCGUGUCGCGCAUCGAUGUUACCGUGCACAAUCUGUUAGCUGAAAAGAUCCUGGACAAUUUCGCCGCCUCCAGCUUUCGAAUUCUCCGACCCGUAGAGGAGGUGGACGCCUUUCCCUGCAAAGUCGCCAACUGUCAACACAUGUGUCUCCUGAACUCUCGAAGCGAGCGAAGGAGCUGCGUCUGCCCGAUGAAUCAAGUCUUGAAAUCCGACGGCAGCAACUGUCAGAGGCUCGACGAGUUUCUGCUGUAUUCGCAAAAGGAAGUGAUAAAGGGUCGAGAACUCGAACCCGUAAUCGGAUCUUCGUCGCCGGUUGUCGUGACAGUCGCGGCCAGGCGCAGCCAUGCGCUGAGCAUCGACUUGGAUUACGUAAGACGGAAGGUCUACUUUGCCGAUGCUGCUUCGAAGAAGAUCUACGCGAGUGACAUCAAGACAGGUGUGCGAGAGGAGAUAGCCGGUUACGAGGGCUUGGCCAGCAUAGCCGUGGACUGGCUCGCUCAGAACCUCUACUACACCGAUUUCGUGGCGGGUAAUCUGUGCGUCGUGAGCCUCAGGAACUUCACGAACCACAAGUGUCUGCUGGACAGUCUGACCGGCCCGAGAUUCGUGCUGACAAAUCCCCAGAAGGGACAAGUCUACUUCUUCGACGACGCCAAGAUCAAGCGGAUCAACGCCGAUGGCACGAAACUCACAACCAUACACACACCGCUGGCUCACAAGGUUCUCGGCCUAACGCUGGAUCGUUCGGCUAGCCGGUUCUACUGGCUGCAAACCGAUUCGGACAAGCCCAGAGAAGUCAGGAUCCACAACUCGGACCUCGAAGGCUGGGACGAGAAGAGCGUGGAGGCGCCGUUGCUGCGCAACUGCGCCGGGGGUGGAGCUAUCGCUGUCAAGGGCGACUGGAUGUACGCGGUGUGCGACAAUUACGAGAGACUAGUCCGGGUCAACAAGACCACCGGCAAGCAGCUCGUGAAUGUGGCCGGCUCGCUCGACAGGCAGGGCUUCUACGCCCUGGCGGUUUUCGCUCCUCAGAUUCCACUGACUCUGCAAGAGCAGCUGCAGCACCUGCGACACCCCUGCCUGAACAACAACGGCAACUGCACCAACUUCUGCUUCGGCGUGCCCUCGAGCCAAAACCAAAGCGCCGAUCAGCAGAACAGCCUGAUGCGCGUCUGCGCCUGUCCCGAGGGCCAGAAGCUCGAUCAGUCCCAGGUCUGCGUGAGCGAGGUCAGGUCGAAGCCAGCGCACCGGGUGCACGUCUGCGAGACCGACUGGGAGUACACUUGCAAAAACGGAAGAUGCAUCCCCAAGAGCCAGCUCUGCGACGGGGUCAACGACUGCCUGGACAGGAGCGACGAGAUCGACUGUCCGGGUUACAGGAGGGACUUUUUGUUCGGACGGUGACGUGAUUUUCAUUGGAAAUGCGCUGACUGUAUGAUAUUAUAUUGUAGAUAUAAGUAAGUGAUUCUGCGUGUAAACCAUGUGAAAUAAAUUUUUGUAUUCAUUACCGCUA